GUUAGGUAAAGUUUAGAAAGGCAUUGACUCCACUUCUCACUUCUCGCAGCCAUCUGCACCUUGGGCUUAUGAUCCUAUCUAAAUUACCUACCUUCCUCCUACCCAGGGACCAUUUCCACUGGCUUCCCCACCUACUACUGUGCCUGUGCCUGUGCCUGUGCCCUACCCUAGGUCCCCUACCUUACCUACCUAGCCUAGCUCGCCUAGGUACCGACCUUCCGCUUUACCUCUCCCUCUCCUCUCCACUGCCAUUUCCAAGCUCCAAGGUUCCCGUCCCCCCGUCCCCGUCCCUGUCCUGCUCACUACUGUCACCAGCGCGCAGCACUGCAACAGCAACCAGCACUACCACCACCACCACACCACCUAGGUACUAAGCGCAGACCGCAUUUUUCCUCCUCAACUCAGCUCCGAACCCCAUCCUCGCAUCGCCAUCGCCAUCGCCAUCGCCAUCACGAUCAACUCUGCUCUGCUAACCCCGUCUCUUCUCUCCCUCUACCUUCAUCAUUCAUCCUGCCGACCUGAUACAAGAAUCAACAAACGAUUCGAUUCAUCUGAUCUGUUGCCUUCGGGGCAUUGUUGUUGUCAUUGGUGUUGUCGGUGACAACUUCUGCGAAACGGACCAGCACAUUAAUUCAGAUACUCCGCCUCGGUCUGAGAUCGUCUUGUCAUGAUUACCUCGACUUGACCAACGCAUUCCUGCUCGACUGAGUCGCCGCAUUGCAUUCCUCACCCCCCGAUAGCGACAGUCUCCAACAUUCCCGUCAUCGAAACAACCUACCAACUGCUCGGGUCCACUUACGUUGCGCUUACAACAGACUCCGACUUUUCUUCACGAGUAUCUAGCCCCCUGGGUAUUGAUCGUUGGCAUAUUCAGUGCGAACAUACAAACCUGCGCCUUGCCUCCUGGUAUUCUGCCGCACUGUCUUGAUGCUGCAGAGACGAUAAUUCGACUUGUUGAGUUCUAGCUCACCUCAUUUGCGCAAUCAGGAACGAACCCCUUCCGUGUCAUCGUAUUCCUCCCUCCAAACCAUGUCGUACUCAAACAGUGUUGGUGGCACACUGACUUUGCCAUCUCCAACGCAUGUGCACCGUGUUGAUGUGGGCUCGGCCGUGAGAACACUGCGUCGCUCUCUCUCACGAUCCCCGUCGAAAUUCCGUCUGGUUACCAAAUCCCCAAGCUCCUCGCCCAAAUCACCUCUUUCGCCUUCUCCAUCAUCGCCACCGAAGCGAACGUCCUCCAACAGUUCAAUCUUUGGCAGCAACUCAAAUAAUCCACCUCACACCCCCUCGCCUUUAGCUGUACCUUUCCCACCGAGUGCAAAACUUGCACUUCGUUCGUCAACCCGUGGCAAAGCUACAGCACCAGCUCGACCGUCAUCGCGGACUCGCACCUCUCCAAAGAGCCCCAUGAAGCGUGCUCUAAGCCAGGCCUCGGACUCCGGGAACACGACUCCUCAUCCGUCAGCUGGACCUGUGGGUGGGCAAGAAAAUAACAGAAGUUCCAGCCCGGGAGAGCGAAAAAGCUUCGAACGAGCCACUAAAAUGCCAUACACAUUUGAAGCGACGCCAGUCAAUCAUGCGCUGUCGAGAUUAGGCGGUGAUGGUGCCAGCGACUGCCACACAACUUCAUCUACCUCGAGCCCUCUCAAGCGCAGUGAUGCAAUUAUGAAUCUUGACCAGGCUAGUCUGGGAAGCCCGGUUGCAAAGCGCCGCAGCUUGCACGGCUCUGCAAGCUUUGGGCACGAUUUCAAUGUAUUCGAUCAUGGACCGUCCUCCCAAUUCGACAUCCACGAUGAAUCAAACCACGAAUAUGAGUUGUCGACCGCGUCCAUCACUUCCGAGAACCCCUCAACUUUUACAUCGAUGCCGAGAAGAUCUUCUUCCUUGCGGAAAUCUACUCUGCAGCAGCGACAUGGCGAGAAGACGUCGUGGGGUAGAAGACAAGCUGCCCAGGCACUUGCAGCUCAGCAACUGGCCAAUUUAGGACCCCACGUAUCAACCCCCGUUCAAUCGAAAAAUCGACCCAGGUUAUCUCUGGACCAAUUCAUGCCGCCAAUGCCAAGAGACAGCCCGUUCUCGUCCAGUGGAAGUCUACCAAAUGCUUCAAUGCACAUUGUUAGUCAUGCUAUGCACCAGCCUCAUCCUCUUUCGCGGACUAUGACAACAUCAUCAUCAAACUCGAGCAUUAUAGACGAAUCUCCGACACACGUUCCAGUACAUUUUGGCGACCAGCCAAGACCAAAGCUUGACUUUUCCAAGUCCUUGCCCGCAGGAUCCCUGAGACCGUUUUCCUUCGAAGCCUGUAGGGACGAUCAUGCCUUCAACACUCCACAGAAUUACAAAUCCGUCAAGCCACUUCCCGCUGCAUUUGCGUCUACUGGACUUAUCUCCAAAGUCAACCGAAAUCCAGAGCAGCCUCAGGUAUCUCGCGGGAGCAGCAAGGGAAAUGUUCCCGAUACUCCUUGCAAGAAGCACGUGAAUGGGUUUGCAACUUAUCCAGCACCUAUACCUGGAAGUGCCAUCGCAAAAGCAAGACACAUUCGUCACUCGUUUGGCACUCCGUCAACCCCUUUCAACCCACACGGAACUCAAACUGUCCAGGGCACGUUCGGGAAAGGAGCUGGUGUAUUUGGUAGCGCUUUUGGCAACAACGGUUCGACUCGACGAGGCAGUUUCCUUAGUGUGGAUGGAGAUGAAGAAAGUGGAGGAUCCCCGGACCCAAAGAGCAUUCAUGUCAGCACAGAUUUCGAUCUUCCACCCACUCCCACGAAGCAAGCACUCGUGCAGCAGCAGUAUGAUGGCAGCCCCAGCAACCACAGGAGCUUCCCAGCUUCCACAUCGGCUGUCGGCUAUGACAUGGCAAAGAAGCUGACCAGAACUAGUACCAGUCCAUUGGAGCGUAUAGAUUUCAUCGAGAGGCUGUCUCCUAGUACUCCUCAUGAGAGCAUGCUUCCACCCGAUCCUAGUGGCCUCUCUAUCUCAAACCAUCGUGACAGUCAACUUCCGCAAUUCGGUGGCAAGAGCAUGCUUCCUCCCGCUACGCCAACUACCGGACGCGAUUACUUUUCAAAGAUCGGUGACCGCCGCAUCAGUACGACACCAGUCAGCACGUUUACCCCAGGCGACCUAGACGACUCUCUCCUGUCCAAAUUUGAGAAAGUGGAAAUGAUUGGCACUGGUGAAUUUUCUCGCGUGUAUAAAGUCACAAAAACUUCGCCAAGCCGCUCUACCACAGCGCACUCAUUCUUCUUUGGUCCAACAGGCUCUCCAUUAUCGAUCAAAUCUCCACCAACACCAAUGCCAGAACGUGUGUUCGCCGUGAAGAAAACACGACAGCCUUAUUCGGGGACUAGGGACCGACAACGAAAACUACAGGAGGUCAAUGUGCUUAAGGCACUUGGACAAACCGAUCAUGUCUUGCAUCUUAUUGACAGCUGGGAGGAGAAGAACUUCUUGUACAUUCAGACCGAGUAUUGCGAGGAGGGUAGUCUUGAUGUCUUUCUAACGACAGUGGGACGGAAAGGACGGUUAGAUGAUUUCCGCAUAUGGAAAAUUCUGUUGGAAGUAGGCCAGGGCCUGAAGCACAUUCACGACUUUGGCUUCAUUCACUUAGAUCUGAAGCCUGCCAAUAUUUUCAUCACCUUUGAGGGUAUUUUGAAGAUUGGCGACUUCGGUAUGGCCGCCAGUUGGCCUGCGCAAUCUGGGAUCGAGGGUGAAGGCGACCGCGAGUACAUCGGCCCAGAGAUUCUCAUGGGUCAUUACGACAAACCGGCUGAUAUUUUUGCCCUCGGCCUCAUAAUACUUGAAAUCGCCGGAAAUGUGCAGCUUCCUGACAACGGACCUACUUGGACCCGCCUGCGGUCCGGUGAUAUGAGCGAUGCACCGAGCCUUACCUGGAGCAGCGACAGCACUCUCCAGAGAGAUGCAACUGGCAUACCCCUUGAAGAAAGUGAUGUCAACAUGGAGUCCUUCGAUAGUGACGAUGAGAUCGAGACUGAUUUUGGAUCGCCUACCAUGAGCAGUCGCAAGCGCAACUACGGCAACUCGAGCAGGUCUUUGUCUCACGAUCCUGGGAACCUCUUCGGAUCCGCACGUAGAGGUGAGCUCCAUCGAGCACCGUCUUUCAUGAGAGAUAUGUACCAUGAGCACGCCCUUGACAAGCUUGUUCGAUGGAUGAUCUCGCCUACCCCUCUUGACCGACCACUUAUAAAUGAUAUCCUGCGGUCAGGUGGCGUUGAAUGGGUUGCAACACGGAGACGUGCCGGCGCAACAGUAUUUGAAGGAAAUUGGGGUCCUGCCGACACAAUUUUGGCAGAUGAUGCGGAAAUGAUGGAUGUUUGA